AUGACAACCGUCGUGUUCUGCGUGGGAUUGAAUGUUGAUAAAUAUGGCUGGGGUGAUGCGCCCUGGCUCGGUUGCACAUCAGAUGAGCUCGGCCCUGGAUCUUCAGCGGAUGUCUGGACUGGAAAGUACAUCCUGGAUCAUGCCUUUGGAAGAGGGCCGUUUGUGGUGUUUGGAAUAAAGAUGAUGCCUUCUGCUUAUAUCAGUAUGCCUUUUGAUCACAUUUUUAUGUUCGGAAAAGAGAUUGAUUCAUCUUGGGUGUUUGACUUCAGCGUGUGUGCGCCUGCCAAAGUGAUCUGCUACUGCUGUAGAGCUUUCAGCCUGCUGCAGACCCAGAGGCUUUUUGUGGUUCUUGAGCUGAACAGGGCAUAUUCCCUUGUGGAUUCCAGUCAAGUGUCGACCUUCCUGAUUUCUAUUCUUCUCAUAGUCUACGGCAGUUUCAGGUCUCUUAACAUGGACUUUGAGAAUCAAGACAAAGAGAAGGACAGUAGCAGCGUGGCUGGGUCUUUUAAUGGCAACAGCACCAAUAACAGUAUUCAAACCAUUGAUUCCACCCAGGCCUUGUUCCUGCCGAUCGGAGCGUCUGUCUCUCUCCUAGUUAUGUUCUUCUUCUUUGAUUCAGUUCAAGUUGUCUUUACAAUAUGCACAGCAGUCCUUGCAACAAUAGCUUUCGCUUUCCUUCUGCUCCCGAUGUGCCAGUACUUAACACGGCCUUGUUCACCUCAAAACAAGAUUUCCUUUGGCUGCUGCGGGCGUUUCACUGCUGCUGAGUUGCUCUCGUUUUCUCUGUCUGUGAUGCUUGUCCUUAUCUGGGUCCUAACUGGCCACUGGCUCCUUAUGGAUG